AUGACUUCCUACGGACCUAACCAGGUCGAACUCUUCGUCGUCGGUGCUGACUCCGCCCUACAGCACAAGUGGUUCACCGGUUCAUGGGGACCAGGCCAGACCUCCUACCAGAACCUAAGCGGCCGGUUCCUCUACGACCCCGAGUGCAUAGCAUUUCCGGGGAAUCCCAACCGCCUCACCAUCCUCGUGGUAGGCACCGAGUCCGCGAUCUACCACAAGUGGUGGGACGGCACUGCAUGGGGCCCAUCUGCGACCAGUUACGAGUUAUUGGGCGGCAACGCGAUAGGCUCUCCUACCGCCGUGGCCUGGUCUGCUACCAGACUUGAUGUUUUCGUCAUCGGCACAGAUUGCGCUCUCUACCACAAAUGGUGGGACGGUUCCUCAUGGGGCCCUUCCUACGUAGGAAACUGGGAGAACCUGGGCGGCACGUGGUUCAGCCACAAGCCAGCCGUCGUCUCCUUGUCUGCUAAUCGACUGGACUGCUUCGUCACGGGCACCGACAAUGCGCUGUGGCACCGGAGCUGGGACGGGUCCCUUUGGUCACCCUGGAAGUCUCUGGGUGGUCAAAUCGUCGGAGACCCAGUUGCCGUGUGGUCGGGCGGAGAAGGGAUCGAUGUCUUCGCGAGGGGUCUGCAGGACUCAGCGCUGUGGCACUUGGCGUGGAACGGAACAUAG